UGCAGGUCACGUGAUUUCUAGGAAAAGGAGGAAACCGAAAGAAGAGCAAACUACAGGAAGAGAAACUGGGGGCGGCUUUGAUAACCGAGGAGAAAAGAAACUGAAGAAAAAAACAAACAGUCCGACAGAGGAAAUACAAGACGUUAUAGAGGUGUAAGAUGGCCACUGCUCGUGCACGGUCCACUAGAAAGUUGAAGCCAUGGUUGGUGGAACAGAUUGAAAGUGGAAAUUUCCCGGGACUUAAGUGGGAUGAUGAGCAAAAAAAUUACUUCCGAAUCCCAUGGAAACAUGCAGGCAAACAAGACUUUCGUCAUGAUGAAGAUGCCGCCAUCUUUAAGGCAUGGGCUAUGUACAAGAAAAAAUACCAAGCAGGAGAAAAGGUUGAUGCAGCAGCAUGGAAAACAAGACUUCGCUGUGCUCUCAACAAGAGCCCAGAAUUUCAAGAAGUUCCCAAUAGGUCACAGCUGGAUAUAUCCGAGCCAUACAAGGUGUAUAGGAUCGUCCCACCUCAAGAGCAAGGUAUUGCAGCCUCUCAGAAGCAAAGCAGGAAAAGAAAGAGCAAUUCAGAUUCAAGGAGCAGCUCGUCUGAUGAAACUGAUCCAGUGGAAAAGAAACCUCAGAUUGCCUCAUUGGGAUUUGAAGAUUCUGAGGUCACUAGCUCUGUUUUACCAGAAGAUUCUGGGAUUGGAAGUGAUCUAAGCAAUACAGAUACACCUUUUGUAACACAGCAUAUUCCUGACUGUGAGUCUUCCAGUGAAAAUAUAAGCAUUACUGAUUUGACCACCAUCCCUACCCUUGUUACUUUAUCACAGGAGACAUAUAAAGAUUUGAGAAUUACAGUCAUAUACAGUGGGAUUCAAGUGGCGCAGAAAGUGGUACAAAGUGGAGAAUGCAAACUCUCAGCAAAGCGUCCUACUGAAGGAUUUAUAAGUAGCAUGGAGCAUGUACUUCUUCCUGUUCCGGGAGAGCAAUUUAAAGAGGACAUACAAAUCAGUACAAAAAGACUUCUUAGUUUCCUUCAGUCUGGUGUUAUGCUGGCCAGUAAUGCUGACGGAAUCUUUGCUCAACGUCAAAAAUGUUGUUCGGGACGUAUUUUCUGGACUGGACCUAAUUCAAAUUAUCAAGGAGUGAACAACAAACUGGAAAGAGAUGUCUUCAUAAAACUGUUUGACACUCAGAAGUUCUUGAGAGAACUGGAAACAUACAGAACAGAAGGGGGCACACCACCUGAUUACCGUGUCACAUUAUGUUUUGGGGAAGAGAUUUCAGAAUCUAGCCAUACUACAGACAAACUUAUCAUGGCAGAGAUAGAACAAGUCUUUGCAUCGGAGAUGGUGCGACAAGCAAAGGAGGAUCUUUGUACUGUUCAGUUUCCAGAUUUAAACAUGCUGAAUGCUUCUUCCCCAUAUCUUAUUACUUUGUUACCAGUAAAUAUUUUGGACAGCAUUGCUGAAUAUUCAUAAAUGUAACCAUGUCCAUAACCUGCAUACUAUUCACUACACUUAUCAUUCAGUUUUCAUGCAAUGCAUAUACCUUUUUGUUCAAGCUUGUAUACAUGUUAAGAUUAGUGUGUUAACAGUUUUAUCAUGUGCCUGAAGAGAAGGGAGCAGCUGGGGUGGUUGCUGGCAAGGCAUAAGUGCUAGAGGGGGUGCCAACAAGCCACUCUGCCUUGGCCAUGUUAUAUAGAUACUAGACUAGUGCUGUAAAAUAAACCUUUGACCAAGGUGAAAGAAAGAUUAGCUACGCCCCUGCCUGGGAGCUUCACUUUUUUCAUCACCUUAAGAACCUGCAGACACAUUCUGAUGUUUAAAACUGGUGUAUUGUCAUCUGUAUAGUGUAAACAGAAAUAAUAAUUUAGCACCAAUAAUGGCUUUUUGUUACCAGACUUGACGGGACAAACCACUAAUGUCUCAGGUUUAUUUGGAAGUAAGUUGCAUCUUUAUUUAUCUAUCUUCGCUGUGAUGUCUGCUGUGUUACCCAAUUGAUGAAAAUGAAGGUUGGAGUCAUAUCAGAUGGCACUGGACUUCUGAUGCAGUCCACUUAAUGCCACCUACUCCCUAUCCCACUUCUCUUUCUUGGAAUAUAUGAUCUUUGUUAGUGACUAUACAUAUAUAUUUUUUUAUAUAGCACACUGUGUAGGUUUCAGGUCAAAAUAUUGUAAGUUUCAUAUUACAUCUACUGAACUUUUUAUGAUUAUAAUUUAUUAAGAAUACAUAUAGUACAAUAUACUUGUAUGUUUAGUCAUAAGCUUAAACCACUUUACAGUAUGUGUCUUUUGACUGUUGCUUGUGACAUGUUAUCUUUAUUUUGAUGACCACUUGCUUUGUUUUACCCUAAAUUUUCUGCCCACUUUGAAGGAAAAAUAAUAGGGCAUUUAUAAGCUGAAGAAGAAGGUAUUUCGGCCUGACUGAGGACAAUGGGCCUUUCUCGGGUGAAUGAAGGGAAGGUUUCAGGGCAUACAGUAUAUGCCAAGUGUAACUCUUAGGCUAGGUGUAUAUGCCAAGCUUAAGAGCGGAGGUUCUUUUUAACUGGAAAAACUGUUUUUGUGAAGAGUUCCACAUUAACAGGUUACACUAUAUAGAUUCAUACAUAAGAUUUAUUCCUCUAGGUUCAGUGGUAGCCCCCAAUAUUAUCCUGAAUUCACAGAUUGUUCAAUAUAGUUUGAGCUGCUUUGUUUAGCUAUAAGGGGUUUCUUAUAUUUACAAUCCAUAUUAUUGGAUUCUAACAGCUUAUUUAAGGCACAUGUUUGUAUUAUGGAGUUAUAUUGUUAUAGAUCCAUAAUGGUAUAGAGUCUGGCACAGAGAAUUUUUUCUCACAUAUUCUGUAUCCUUCAACACUUUAAUGUGCGCAAGUGUUUAGGCAACCUGUAAGUCUAUAAUAUUCAAUAUACAAUAUCACUGCACUGCCAACUAGAGAAAGGGAACAAUAGUAAUGGAUCACUACUGUUAUUUAUUACAAUUACAAUGUACCUGAGUUUGUGUACAUCAAGCAAUUCCAUAGUUAUAUAAAAUGACAAUAAGAAAAACGAAGCGGAUCACUCACCACGACUUCAGAUGCUGAGUACUUCAUUCAAUCAAUGCUGACAGUGGCUAUACAGUGGCUAUAUCAGCAUUGAUUGAAUUAAGUACUCAGCAUUGAUUGAAUUAAGUACCUCCGCACCUCACUAGAUACCCUUAAUUAGUGCCAGGUGUACUCUAUAUUUGUUGACCAUAGUUAUAUAGCUGGUAUAGUUGGUAAGGUUGAAAAAAUAAACUAUAUAACAAGUUCAAUCCACGUAAAUCUAGUAUCCAUAACCUGUAAUAUUAUAUUAUUCCAGAAAAACAUCCAGGCUCCCCUUCAACAUGUUUAUUGAGUCAGACAUCACAUCAUCAUAUAUCACAGAGUUUCAUACUCUCACUGCUCUUAAAGUUAAUAAUCUCUGUCUGUGAUGAUAGUGAGACCUUCUUUCCUCUAAAUGCAGAGGAUGCCCCCCUUGUCAUGGUUACCGACCUUGGUAUAAAAACAAAAAUCACUAGAAAGAUCUCUGUACUGUCCAUUCAUAUAUUUGUACAUUGUGAUUAGAUCAUCCCUAAGACGUCUUUUCUCUAAACUAAAUAACCCCAAGCUUGAUAACUUGUCUUGGUCCUGUAAUCCUCCCAUACCAUUAAUUAUCUUUGUUGCCCUCCUCUGCACCCUCUCCAGUUAAGCCGUGUCCUUAUAUAUACAGGGGCCAAAAUUGUACACAAUACUCCAUAUGUGGUCUGACUUAUGAUUUAUACAGAUAAACCUAUGUUCUUGUUACGAGCCUCUAUGGCUCUACUGAUACAUCCCCUGACUUUGUUAACCUUGCAGCAACUGUCUGGGAGUGGUCACUAAACAUGAGUUUACUGACCACCAGUUUUGUCCCAAUAUUUUAAUAUUUAGUUCAUAACUGUACUUGUUUUUAUAACCAUUUACAGUUUAUAACUUAUAUUUAUCCACCUUAAAGUUUAUUUGCCAUGUCUGUGCCCAAGCCUCCAGCUUCCCCAGAUCUCUCUGUAAUAUUUUGUUAUCCUCCUCUGUGGUGAUCACCUUACCCAGUUUCGUGCCAUCUGCAAAGAUUAAAACUCUUGUAAUACCGCUACUAGGUCAUUAAUAAACACAAUGAAAAAAAGUGGACCCAAUACUGUCCCUUGUCACCCAACCAGAAUAAGUUCCAUUGAUAUUCUGCUUCCUAUUACUGAGCCAGUUGUUAACCCAUUUCCUUUUACCAGCAUCCUUAUUUUAUGUACUAAUCUUUUGUGUAGCACAGUAUCAAAUCAAAGUCCAGAUAUACAACAUCCAUAGCUUCACCCUGGUCCAAACUAUAACUGACCUUCUUAUAGAAGCUGAUCAGAUUAGUCUGACAGGACAGAAUCCUGCAUAAAAAUGUUUGUGCUGUGUUAUAAGGUUAUUUUUAUUAAGAUACUUCAAAAUCGCCUAUCUCAGAAAACCCUCAAAAAUGUUACCCACAACAUGUGUUAAACUUACAGGUCUAUAGUUACCAGGAUCCCUUUUUGACCCCUUUCUGAAUAUUGGUACCACAUUUGCAAAAUCCCUGGCAUUAUAGAAUGUUUAAAUAUAAGAAAUAAGGGACUAUCCAGCAUUGUAGAGCUAUCAAUCCAGCCAAAUCUUGGGAAAUACUAUAAAUACGUAACUAUAAGUAAAUGCUUAGCAGUUGUUGUGCAAAGUACAUUUAGUAUUUUCACUGUUUCUAUUUGUUUUUAUUUUGAAAUAUUUUUUAUGUGUUAGGCCUUAUUUAUACAGUAAUUCUAUAUUUUGUAUAUGAAUAUAAGAACUCUGCAUUUCUCCCAUGUGUUAAAGAUGUCUGCCCUGGUAACAGGUUCCAGAAAUGGGCUCAGUUCCUCAGAAUUAGAUUUUUUUAAACUUUUUAAUUUUACAUUUUUUUAAGACCCCCUGUAUUGUAAAACUGAAUGAUUGGUUACUUUUUAAGCCAUUCACAGAGCAGACCGUGGGCAUUUUUUUUGAGUCACAUCACCUGACUUAAAUGUUCUCUUAUAGGGAAAAAGUCAUUGGUGAUUUGCGGCAGUUUCAUGAUUCAUGACUGUAGCAAAAGUUUUAUGAUUGAUCACUUUUUCCAUCACUUUUUUCCUGUUAUCCUUGAAUGGUUUAUUCCAAGAUUGGAAGUAAUCCUGUAUCCUCAGAAUAGGUGAUAACUAUGUGAUAGUAAGUGCUGAGACCCUCACAGAUUACAAGAACAGAGGCCAAUUGUCCCCUGAGUGAAUGGAGUGGCAUUGCACAUGCUUGGCCUCUCUCUUUUCAUAUAGCUGUCAACUUGUGAAAUUUUGGUCUAGGCACUUCAGAUUUGUUAGGCUAUGUUCACACGUUGGAAUUUCUGUGCGGAAUGGGAUUAUGCUGCGCUGUCCACAUGGCGGAAUUUACGGGCCAGAUGUUUCAGGCGCGGAAAUUCCAAUUUUGGUAUCCACAGAAAGAAUGAUCCUGUCCAUUCUUUUUUUGGACAUUCACGCGGAAUGCAUUGCCAUCCAUGGUUGUCUUAGUGCCGGCAUGUUAUGCUGGCGCCCGCAGUCUGUGGAAUGUCCGCACUUAGAUUUUCUGUGCUGACAUUCCGACGUGUGAACCCGGCCUAGUUUGAUGAGGUGAGAGUUUUUAUGGGAGUGGGGUUUCAGGUGUGGCUUGCCAUGCAUGUGAGGUUUGUCAGAAUAUACUUGUACAAUUAUUCCAUUUAUAAUGUCACUCUAAGGACCUUACAGCAAGGACAGUAUGCAAGUCAUUACAAUUACAGUGAUACCAAAUGUGCAGUUUUGUGAUGUUUACUACUUCUAAAAAAUAAAAAC